AUUGAAGUUAGCAAGGAACGCAACCGUCAUAAUUAAUCACUCAUUUCUGCUCCAUCACCAGACCACUAGGGAAUGGAGAUGGAACAACAGAUGGAGUGGGACGAGGCACAAAAAAUUGUGGUAAGCCUAGACCUUGUGGCUGCAGCCAAGCAACAACUCUAUUUUCUGGGCGUCAUUGAUCGAAACCGUUGUAGGCAACGCAGCAGAUCUACGGGGAGAAGGUGAGAUGCAAUUACUCUGCUUUGGGGUAUGGAGAAGGAAUGCUCGAUCUAAUAAGAGGGAGAAGGGAGAAAGAGACUCUAUGAAGGCCCUGGUCUUGAUAAGGCCAUCACUAGGUACAAUUCAUAUUGGCUUCCAUUGCUAGCAAAACAUUCUGAAUCUCCCUUCUUUGAAGCUCCCCUAAUUGUUCCUCUUGAUUGUGAAUGGGUCUGGCAUUGCCACAGGCUCAAUCCAGAAUGCCCAAAGGAGAAACAAAAAGAGUGUGGAAACAAUUGUAUCCAAGUGAACCAUUUGAGUUGGACGUAGAGAGAGCUCUUUCUCUCCAUGAACCUUCACAAAUAUCUGAUCAACAUAUAAAGGGCAGGAGCAGCGACUAUGACUUGGUUUCAGCAGUGAAGAGGCAAAGUUCUUUUUUCAUGAAGGUAUCAAGACCGCUAAUGUACAGCGAACGUUACCUUGAAGGGGCUGUGGGUAGAUACAAAGGGUUCUUGCAUCUAAUCAAAAGAAAUGAGGAAAACUUCAGUAGUGUACCAACUCGAGAUAUUGAUCUGAUAUGGCACACUCAUCAGUUACAUCCCGUUUCCUACUGCAAAGACCUUACGAAACUUCUUGGCAAGGUUGUGGGGCACAAUGACAGAGAGGAAAAGAGUAAGUUGGAACUAGGGUUCUCUAUGACAACAAAUAUUUGGGAAGAAACAUAUGGUCGUAGAUAUUGGAGAAAUGCUAAGAUGUACCGAAGCAAUUCAUUGUUACCUCUUGAAGAUUAUCAUCAAGCCCUCUCUCACCAUAACACUGUAGUAAACAAAAACAUCAGCAGUAAAGAUGUAGGACUGUUACGUCUUCCCAAAACCGAGGAGGUUAUGGAGGUAAUGUUGGAGUUUGUUGGUUUAAAGAAUGAACCAGAGGAGGAGGGGAGGAGGUUGUUUGUAGCAUUCGGUAAGGAAGGGCCAGAUCGAAUCUUCCAUGGGAAGGGAAGACUUGACAUUUCAUCGCCAUCGCAAAUGACUAAUGUGACCAAUGAUGGGGAAUAUUUGGUUACUUGCUUUCAAUGUGAACCUAAUGGGAAUUUGAUGUUUGAACUUAUGAGUGAGCCAUGGAGCUCCAAUAAUAAUACCCUCCCACUUCAUCCUUUAUUUUCUUAAAACCAGCAUCAAACCUUUAUUUUUAGCUUCAUUAAUAUUCUUGAGUAAAAAUUCACUUCUGGAUUGAAAUUAAUUGGUGAUAUAUACACACAUACACAUAUUUUGAAUAUUUAUAUGGUUUUCGUUACAUACAGUGAAUCCAAGGGAAAGUUAGAUUCUAUCUCAAAGGGAGAAGUCAUUGCUCUAACUAAAUUUGGAGAUAUAUUUAGUUUGGGUGAGUUGAGAGGGACAAAAUGGUCACUGAUAAAUGCUGAGUGGUCUAUUUGUUUUCCAAAGCUCAUAGAUGAUGAUAAAGAUGAUGGUCACCUUUUGAAGAUGAUAGGAGCUUCUCAGGCGAUCAAGUAUUUCCCUGGUUGGAAGCUAGAUUAUCACCUCAAGAAUUGUGAGAAGGAAAGAACUCAAAAUAAAUUCAUGACCGCAAUAGAGUUCUCAGCUGAACACCCAUAUGGCAAGGCAGUGGCUAUGAUCGACUUCAAUUCUGGUGUAGUCAAUGUGAAAGAGGAGUGGUUACUUAUGCCUGUAUUGGUAACUGCUUUUAUACUCUAUGACAUUCUCAAAAAGAAAGAAGUCUAUGAUGAUACUGAAGGGCCAUCCAACGAUGUUGCUGAGAGGAACGGCAGGCUGAAGACUCAGAGUGAAUUUGUGAUUUUAUCAGAAACAGGGGAAUGCAAGGUUAAAUGCAAUGGUGGGGGCAGCACAUGCGGCAACAAAUGCUCCAACUGUGACCAUGAUUAAGUUUUGAAUGCCCAACCUUUCUCAAUUGUGUGUGUCAGCAAAUAAACCCCAAGAAAUGAUUGUUCGGAGUAGUGUUACAUUGUGUCAUUGACAAUAAACACAAUCAUAUAUAAUACCAAGUUUUUUAGUUUGGGGAAACUCAAUUAAUGAGUUCUGCCAAAUCAGUUUGCA